UUGAAAAUAAUCCACACUCCUUCAUUUAAUUCCCCUAUAUAUAAAAAUGUGUUUUACCAUAACCAUGCCCUCCAAUAUUUUCUCGAGAAAUUUUCUAACAAUGCCAGAAAAUGAUAGUGACAGUCCAAGAAUCUCAUUUUCUAACGAGUUUCGCCAUUCUGAUUCCAUACCAAUAGAGCAACGUCUGGUACAACAACCUCCAUUAGAUUUCUCCAACUUUUACUGGGGCUUCCCAUUCGAGUUCUCGAUAUCUCGCCACGCAAUCUCCUGCGAGAGCUCGUGGUCCGCCGAAGAUUUCUUCAAUGAAGGCAAAAUCCUCCCAAUAGAAAUGAAAAAGAUCCCGGAACCAUUAAAUCGUAACAAAUCAAAUAAAUAUAAAACUGGUUUACCUAAACCGGAUAUUAACCCAAUCGAAGAUUUUGAAAUAGAAGAAAUCGGAGACGACCAGGAAGAUGAGGUAAAGUUACAAUUACUUGGGUAUAAUAACUCAACUAGUUCGAAUUCUCUGAAGCGUCAGGUUUCUUCAUCUUCUUCUUCUUCUUCUUUAAACGAUGGCUUUAUGAAACCGGCAGUGAACAUGAACCAAAAUUUCAAUAGGAAGUUUCUACUCAUUUCUAAAUACUACUCAUGCAUAUCUAGUACUUGUAGUCAAUCAUAAGCAAUGUAUUGUAAAAUACUUUGACCCCUAACAAGACUAGACAAGUGAUUUAGUACCUCCAAGUAAUGCUUGUGGA